AUGGAGGAGGAGGACGAUUUGAUUCAGUUGAUAGAGUUGACAGUUCCCCAGACCGACAAUGGGAAUUACACGGCUAUGCAUCUGAUUCUGAUGCUUCUAUUUUGUCUACGGACACAUUUGCCAGUGGUUACAAUAGUGGCGAAAUUGAAGACUCUGAGUAUGGAAUCUCUGUUGGCAGACAACGGAGCCGACGAACAAGUUUGGACUGUGAUAGAGAGUCAAUUGCCGAGGCUGAGGAAGAGUUUGAAGACGUCGUGGGACAAAUUGCUCGUGUCUCAUAUAGUGAACACGUUCACGGUAGACACAGAUAUGUUAGCCUUGUCGUUUUGCCGCCUAGAUCUGUCGGCGUUGAUGCAGUGUUGUAGAAACUUACGCGAAACAUUAAACGACGGCCUCCCGGGCAUUGAUACAUUAUUGCGGCCCAUGACGAGCACGUCCACAUUGGACAUAUCUGCGCCCAAGCAAAUGGGACUUAUCGAUGCUCUUGAGCAUUGUAAGUUCUUGCAACACUGCAUCAACGCCGACAGAUCUAGGCGAAAAACGACAAGGCUAACAUAUCUGCGUCUACCGUGA